AUGUCUGGAAUGAUCCCAGGCAACAAUCUAGUCACCGAGGCAGCCGCCGCACCGAAAGUGGUCGGGGAAGGCCUUUCGAAAGAACUAGAUCAUGGAUAUACCAGCGGAUCGAUAAUCUCUCCUCCAAAAUACCAAAUCAAGGACAUGAAGUUCCGCCGACUCGGAGGCUCGGGUUUGCGAGUGCCGAUCUUCUCCUAUGGUGGAUGGUUGUCUGUAGGAUCCGUAGCCACCGGCGCUACUGUUAAAGAACUCAUGCAAAUUGCUUGGGACCAUGGUUGCAACUACUUUGACAAUGCGGAGAUCUAUGCGAACGGGAAUUCGGAGAGCGAGAUGGGAAAGGCAUUAAAGGAGCUAGGAUGGGAGCGGAGCGAAUACAUGGUGGCGACGAAGGUAUUCUUCGGCACCGGAAAUUCGGAGGAGCCCAAUGCACGGGGUCUUUCGCGGAAGCACAUCAUCGAGGGCGUCACGGCAUCCUUGGGUCGGCUCCAGCUCAGCUAUGUCGACGUCGUUCACGCCCAUCGUCCCGACCCUACCGUCCCCAUGGCCGAGAUUGUCCGCGCGUUCACUUACCUCAUCGAUCAGCGCUUGGCUUUCUACUGGGGUACCAGCGAAUGGAGCGCUCAAGAAAUUCAAGAAGCUAUGACAGUCGCUAGGGAGCACCACUUGAUCGCUCCGGUGGUCGAGCAACCUCAAUACUCUUUGCUUCACAGGGAAAGAUUUGAAGUCGAAUACAGCCCGAUUUUCAAGAAAUUGGAUUAUGGGUCGACGAUUUGGUCUCCAUUGAAGAAUGGUGUCCUUACAGGAAAAUACAACGAGGGGAUCCCGCCUGGGUCGCGAAUGGACGUCAACAAAGAGUUCUUCAAGGACUCGGUGGCCAGGAUGGACACGGAAGAAGGCCGAAAAGAGAUCGAGAAGGUCAAGCAAUUGACCAAGUUAGCUGAGGAUAAGCUCGGCUGCUCCGUCGGCCAGUUAGCCCUUGCCUGGGCUGCCAGUAAUGGCCAUGUCAGUACCGUCAUCCUUGGCGCAACUAAACCCGAACAGUUGAAAGAAAACUUUGGGGCAUUGAAAAUCAUCGAUAAGUUAACGCCCGAAAUCAAGCAAGAAAUCGAAUUGAUCAUGGAUAAUGCGCCUACCCAUCCUCAAACUUGGGGAAGAUAAUCAAUCUGGGCAUCAUCUAAAACAAUGAAAAAUGAAAGUGAAAUGGUUAUUACACUAAGAAAGCUCAAUCAAAGACACCACUUGUCAUCCAUCUUUUUGCUAAUAAAAGACAAGAAAACUUCGUAGUCACACUCUCUGCCCCAUUACGCCCUAUCUCUGUUAUUAUGUGUCAUCAGUUGCUUUUGGCCUGCUUCUUUUCUAUGUGACAAAUUGAUCAGUUCCUGUUUAUAACUGUAGAUAUAUUAUCCUGUUCCCAAUGCUUGAAAUUGAUUUUUUUUUAGUUGUGCGUUUAUCAUGAAGAGAAGUAUCUGGUUCUGGGGAAGUAAAUUAGCGAGGUUAGAAUAAAA